GGCUACAACUGUUUUCGAAAGGAAAUUACGUAAAAUUGUGAGUAAAUUGUGUUUAAAAAUGAGAAUAUCAAAUUAAAAAAUGUAGUCGAAAAUAUCUACACUAAUGCAACAUUUACAAUGUCGAUCCUGAAAUCACAAUAUUACGAUCAUCCUGAUGGACAGGAUGCAUUUGGAAAAAUAGUGGCCACAAAUAAAUAUGCCAUUGGCACCGGACUUGCAUGGUCAACUUUCGAUGUAUUAAUGUUAUCCAAACCACAAGGAUACCUACCAACAUUAGCGCGAUUUGCAUACAACACAGGUCCAAUGAUGGGCAUGGCAACUGCGUUCACAUUGUCAACUUUGGUUGCGACGAAUGUACGCGGCAAGGAUGACAAAUUGAAUUAUGUUAUUGGCGGUUUCGCCGCUGGUGCUGUGUACGGUGCAUGGAGACGGAAUCAUGUUGCCGGCCUCGUUGCUGGUCUGUUUCUUGGUAUAGCAGGUGCUGUGAAAAAACUAUCAAAGGAAGAAGGAUGGGAGUUUUUUCCACCAAUCAAACAUCAACAAGGUUCUUUAAAUGGUGUUCUUCAUGACUUUACUCUGAUGAAAGACCCUGCCAAACGUACCGCUGAGAAUUAAAAAUAAAGAUGUAUGCUAAAGAAAAAUAAACCAAAAACAUUUACUUUUAAAUAUUGUAAAAAUUACACAACUAUGUGUAUUAAGAGAGGCAAAUUAGAAAUUAAUACAAGAACAAAGCCUUGUUAGUGUACCGAAUGCUUACAUAAACCUUUAUAAUUGAA